AUGCGAAUACCCUAAGCUUAUUUUGAGAGCAUGGUUAGAAGAUAUAAGAAAUCUAAAUAUGUGGAUUCAACUGAUUACUCUUGGAUUGAAACAACCAAGAAGCCUUUUGUCGAAAGAAUUUAAGAUUUUGCAUAAUGCAAACAAUUGUAGAAUCCCAUGUAUACACGCAUCAUUUGUGAAACAAUUGACACAAUAUUUAAAGCAGCAGUAGCUUUAUUUCAAGACCAAGACCAAACCCUCUGCAUUUAAUUGCUGGGUGAAUCUGAUUCUAUUUAAAUUUGGGAUUUGUGUUUAUAGUGUUGUGAUUACAUAAUCAAAUCAGCAAAUUAAAAAAUAAGUAUUUCAAUUUAAAUAAUUUAAAGUUGAUAUGUUUUUUAGUUAUGAAUAUAUUUUGACACUAAUAUUUCACAAUCCAGAUUAUGAAAUAUAAAAAAUAUAUAAAUUAGUGUAAUGCAUGUAAUAUUUGAUUGAAUCAAUGAAUUCAUCCAAAUAUUGUAAAUUUAAAAGUAAUUAAUUAAAUUAUAUAUCAUAGUUGAGUAAUUUGAGAGAAUCUUUAUAAGAUUCAUGUAUAUUAAUGCAUUUUUUUAAAAGAAUAUCUACAAUUUGUCAGAUUAAGAAUAUUAAGAAUUGUUUUAAUAUACAAUUGAUAAUUAUAAUCUCAAAAUAACUAUGCCAAAUGAAGAUAUGAAUAAUUAUCAAAGAUAUUUGGAAAUGAGCAAUCUCAGAAAAAUACUAAAGUCUCCACCUAUUAUUUUAGAUAUUCCUUUUGAUUAAUCUAAAAAUCCAUUAGAUUAAAGUUAAUAGAUUGCAACAGAAAUUAAAGUCUAAAAAGAUAGUAUUCUAUUUGAUUAAAUCUAUAUUCGAUUACUAUGUUAAUAUUCUAAUGAUGAACAAUUAUUAUAGAAGAUGUUCAUAAGUAAUUACAUAUUUCAUUUUAAAUGUACAUUCUCAGAAUUACAAUUAAUUAAUCCUAAAUUUAUGACAGAUAUUAACAAUAGAUUAAUAGAUUAAAAGGACUUUUUAUUUUUAUUAAUAAGGAUGAUUGCUAGCAAAAAGGAUGAAUAUUUAGAAGAUACAUUAGUAGAGAGUCUCAAAUUCAUUAAAUCAAAGCAAAUUUAAUUAUAUGAGCAUAAUACAUUCUUAGAUAAAUUGUGGUUAUUUGAAUUAUAAGGAAUUUAAGACACAUUAAUUUGGUGGAAGAAAGAACUCUAAAUAACUGAAGGGUAUUUCUAUGAUAAUAGAAUGAAUUUAAAUGUUAAAUUUUAAUAAUUGUUCUUUUAAUAAUUAUGUGAUCAAUAAUUUACUUAGAUAUUCAAGAAAUAACCAAAUUAUACAUAAUGGAAUUUUAUAAUUAUUUAAAUCAUUAGAAAAUCAUUUGGAUAAGAUGGAGAAACUAAAUUACCAUAUUAUAUUUUAAAUCCAAUCUUAAGUUAUUGUGUUAAUCUCAUUAUUGAAUUACCAGGCAAUAAUUAAAAUUAAUAAUUAGAUUAUUAAUUAGAAAGUUAAAUAAUUUAGGGAUUAAUAGAAAUUCUUAAGUAUUGUAAUAAGAAAUCCUAAAUUCAAUUAUAAAUAAGAGCAUUUCAAUUAUUAAAUUAAUUGGUUACAUACUAUAAAUAAGAAUUUGAUUAAGUGUAGAUAUAAAAUGCUUAAUCUGAAUUUUUGAUGCCAGUUCCUGAAAGAUAUCAUAAAUUGCUUACAGAAAUCUGGUCUAACAAGAUUUUAGAAGAUACACUACAUUCUGCUGAACUAAAUGAAACAUUAUACACUUAUUUGAUUACUUAAUUAGCCAUAACAAUGGGAGAGAAUCCUGCUAGAGUAAGAUAAUUCUGUGAAAACAAUAGUUUAUAAUAUUUAAUCAAUAGAAUAUUUGAUUUAUUAAAGAUAUGCUCAAGAGCAUCUCCAUUAAUAGUAACAAUUAUAAAUUUGUUAAUUGCAAUCAGUACAAAUGAAUAAGCAAUAUCAUUAUCAUAGUCAUCAAAUAAUAAUGAAGAUAAAUAAGAAAAAGAUAAUUUAAUUAAAAGAGUCUUUGUAAAAUGUUAUUUGCCAUCAACUGAACUAUUAAAUGAUCCAUCAGUGAGUGAUGAUUUUGCAAAGAAGAUUAUUAUGCUAUAUAGUUAAAGUGUAUUGGCAAAAAAAUAAAUAGAGAAGGUGAUAGAGAAUACAUUUGUUCAGAUUUCAUAAUUAGUAGAUUUAAGUAAAGAUAAAAUAGAGGAAAUAGUUAGUAAUUAAGAUAAAUUACAAUCUUUUUAUAGUUCUUCAAAAAGCUUGUAAGCAUUAUUACAAUUAUUUAUGCAAUUACAGCCAGAGAGGAAAUCAUCAUAUCGAUCAUUUCAAGGAUACGAAGAGUUAUAAUUAGAAGAAGCUUAAAGAUAAAAGGAUAUUUUAUUUAACUCUCUUUUAAAGAAUUAAAAAUUUGUAGAAGCAUUGGAGAAGAUUAUAAUGAGUCCAAUACUGAUAGGUAGUAAAAAUAAGGAUAGAUAUGUCGAACAUUAUGUUGGUAUUUUAUGUAAGAAAACAAAAUUGAAUCCUUAUACUUCUUUAUGGAAGGAAUUAGAUUUAAUCUCUUAAAAUUAUAUGGUUAUAGGUGAUUAAAAGAUUAUAGAUAUUGGGAAAUUAGUUGAUUAUGAUGCUUUGUCUAUCCAUAUGAGUGACAAAUAUUUUUUUAGAAAAAUAAUCAAACAUAUAUCUCCUUAAACUUAUAGAGGAUUUUAUAUACUAAGUCGUUUCCACUUGAUUCAUUAUUUAAUUAAGAUGUGUAUUAAUUAGGGUGUACCAUAAAAUUAAGAUAGUCAUUUAAUGAUUUCUUAAUUAUUAGAAAUCUAUUAUCUAUCUUCAUAACAUGCAGGUUUUCAUGAAUCCAUAAUGAUGUUUAUGUCUGCUAAAUAAUAGAUUCAGAAAAAUUAGACUAGUUAUGAUGAAGACUCUUAAAUAAGGAGAAGGAUUAGUAAGGAUAAUUUGAUACCAUUGUAAUCAUCAUGUUUGGAUUUGAUUAGUAAAUUAUAAACACAAGUUGAAUAGAAAGACUUUGUGAUUAAGAAAUAUGGAGAAAUAACUUAAUUAUUCUUCUCGAAUUUUUAAGAAAAGUGUCAAUAACUUAAAUAAGCUCAAGGAAUAUAAAUUAUAUCUAUUGUAACUUAUUUGUAAGAUAUGUUAAAAUCAUUCAAAUUUCUCUAAAAUUUAUUUUUGAAUUUAGAACAAUAAUAUUAACCAUUAUAAUUUGCUGUAAUCUGUUUCUAGAACAGUAAUUUCUUUUUGUAAUUGAUUGAGAUUAUAUAACAUUUGGAUAGUAUCUAAAGAUAAUAAUAAUUUAAUGGUACAAAAGAAUAAGAGAUUAUAAGAAAGAUUUUGCCAGGAUUUAUAGAAGCUAUACAUUAACAUAUAGAUAAUAUUAUUAAAUUAUUAAUUUUUAAGAAGAUUGUUAUAGACAAGAUAUAAUUAUCAGAUUAAUUAAUUUAAGAUAAUUAAUAAUUAGAUAUUGUAUGUAAUGAAAUUUUUGUAGCUUAAGCAUCAAUACUUAAUUAAAUGAUUGAUCUAUUACUCUAUAAUAAUUGUGAAGGUAAUUUAAAGACUUUAUUAGAACAAUUAAUAUAAAAGUUUUAUUCAAUUAAAGAUUUUUAAGUAUAAGAGAUGAGAAAGAUAGCUGGAACUGAAACAAAAGAAUAAUAACUAAUUGGAAAUAAAGAUAUUAAUUAAAUUUUAACUGGAAAUGAUAUACAAUAAGAAUAGAAAAAAUCAUUAUUUGAUAGACCUGAAAUCAAAGCUAUUAUAAAUGAUUUAUGUGAUAUGGGAUUCAAAUAAUAAUUAAUCAAAAAAGCUAUAUAAAGAAUUGAAAUUCCUGAACCUACUAUGAUAAUUGACAUGUUGAUUAAUGAGAGAAUUUCUGAUGAUGAAGAAGAAUAAGAAGAAGCUUUUGAUUAAAUGUUAAAAAAUACUGAACAGAAUCAAGAAAUAUAAAAUUAAUAAGAUUAACAAAAAUUAAAGAUGGAAACUGAAAUAUAAAAAGAGCAAAAUGAAAUUUAAGUUUUGGAUUAAGAAUAAUUCAUGAAAAUUUUAAUAUAAAAUUUCCCAAAAGCUAAUACAUAAUAAAAUAUUUUGGAAAGAUUUUUAACCCUAAUUAAUGAUUUUUAAUAAAAAUUAGAUUCUAAUCUUAGUAAACAAUUAGAUUAAAAUUUGAAUAACCCAAAAUCGAAUGGUAAUUUAUUAGAAUAUUUAUUUACUAUUGCAAAGAAAUCAUAACAUAUAAAUAAGAUUAUAGAAUAUAUUUUUAUGAUCUUUUGUUCCUUAAAAUAAUAAGAUAAAUGUUCUUAAGAUUUAAAUGCUACAAUGAUUCAAUAUUAAAAAGCCUUAAAAUGGCUGAACUUAUUAUCAUAGAUUGCUCCUUAAGAACAUGAAAAAUUAUAUUAGAAUUUAGCUUUAAUAGAUCAAGAAUCAUAAUAAAAACAUGUACUUUCAUUUUAAUCAAUGAUUACAUUUGGUUUUGCAUUAUCUAAUGAUAUCUUUGAUUAAAUAAAAAAAAUUGGAUAAUUAGAAUUGCAUUAAUUAAAGCAACUCAAUAUAUCAGAAUUGACUUAUCAAGAAAUAUGUUAAUAAACAUAAACAAUAACUAAUAAUCUUAACAUAUUAUUUGAAAAUAAAUAAACUACAUUAAAAUUAUUUUGCAAAGAAUUAUUUGAAGCAUAAAAGUAUCUUACAAAGUUUUUCUUGAAUUUGUAAAAUAAACAUGAUUAAUUAAUUGAGAGAUAUUGGAGUUAAAUACUUAUAUAUUUAGAAUUCUUAAUUUAAGUUUGCACAAUUAAUCUAGAAUUACAAGAAUAGACAUAAGAAAUUUAUAGUUUCCUUGAUGAAUUAGAUACACAAAUUAAUAAUAAUUAAUAAUUAAAAUAAUAAAGGGAUUAAUCACAAAAUAUGAUUUAUUUGAGAUAACUUAUAUAAAGAAGAUUUAUUUUUGAUAAAUAAUUAAUUACAUAAUUAUUACAAUGUUUAAAUAAUUUUGGAUUGCAUAAUCAAAAUAAAUUGUUUAAUAUAUUAACAAAAAAUUAAUCAAAUAAAAAUUAAUCAUUAUUAGACACUCUGCUAGAAUUAAAAUUUUAUACUAGUCAUUUAGAAUAUGAGGAAUCUUAACCAGUAUUUCUUGAAAAUUUAAUUUAUCUAGUUGCAAUUGACAAUAAAACUACAUAUGAUUUAGUUUUCUAAAUUUUAAAAUAGGUAAUGCUUAAUGAACAUAUAGAUUGGCAUGCUUAAUAAUUAAAAAAUACUGAAGAUCUUAAUUAAAUACAAUUUCCUUAAAAAUUUAUUGAAUGUCCAUUAUAAUAUUUAUUAUAAUUUCAUCCUGUUUUAAUUAAUAACCCAAUCAUCUAUAAUUUGAUAAUAGAAUAAUAAGGCUUAUCAAUUACAGAUAAAUUUUCUGAAUUACAAAGGAUUCAUAAUCCUAAAUAACAAUUCCCUCAACCAACAGGAAAAUUAACAAAAGAAUAAGAAAGAUUAUUAAAAGAGAGAGAAAAAGAAUAAUAAAAUCAACCUUAGACAGAUAUUAUCAUUAGAUAUGAGAUUGAACAAUUAAUAGAGCCAUAAUUGAAUGAAAAUUUCAUUGAUUUAGUCAAUAUAAUUGCAUAAAAAACAAUAGAUAGAUUUUUUGAAGAGAAUUGUAUUCUGAUAGAAUAAAUAUUUAAAGUUUAAAUUAAUCAAUAUAAGGAUGAUAAUAGAAUUUAUCUUUAUGGUUGGGAUCAACUAUUGAGGAUAAUUGAAAUGCUCAUUAUUAAAAUUCCCUAAUUAGUAUUAUAUUUAAGAGAAUAUUAAUUCGUUUUACCAUCUCAAUUAAAUAUAGAUAAGAAAAAGAUUACUUUCAUAGAAUUUGUGAUUAAGUAUUUGACUUGGGUAGGUGGAGAUAAAUUAGCUAAUUUUAUGCACAAUUAUCUAAGCGACAUCAAUUUGUUAUCAUUUGGAUAUGGUAUAAAUAUUGCAUAAGAGGUUCUAUAACUAUUAUUGAAUGAAUUGUAUAUUGACAUGAAUUAGGAUUAGAUGAUAUAAAAAUAUUAUCAUAUCUUGCAAUUAUUAAUAUUAUUUACCUAGACAUUAACUAUGUAGAAUUGCUGUAUGAUAUUAACAGAUUAACGAUCAUAAUUAAAUAUAAUCCCUUAAUUAAUUGAUACAUUGAAUACUGUUAAAAAUUGUGAAAAUAAAUAAUUUGUUAAGAUAUAUCAAUAAACUAUAGCUAAAGUAUUAGAACCAUUCUUGCAAUCUUAAAUAUACUAUGAUCACAUUAAAUAAGGUAGGUAUGGUGAAGUGUUCAGAUUGUAAUAAAGCAUUACUGACGAUCCAUUUAAAUAUCAUUAUUUGCAUUGUCUUAAAAAUCAAUUGGUUUGUUAUACUUUGUAUCCCAAUUUUAAGAGUUCUACAGGAUCAGCACAACAUUUCAUUUCUCAUUCUUAAGUUUAAUAAACAUUAAAAGAUGAAAACUAAUAAGAAUUGAUUUGGCCACUCCAUUAAUCAAAGAAAAAUUAUAAUAAUUAAAGAUAGAAUAACUAGAAAUAAUAAGAAGAGGAUUUAAGUGAUUCUGAUUCAGAUUAAGAUAUUCUUUAAGUAGAUAAUAAUUAAAUCAAAUACAAAGUUAAUUAUUCUAAUAUCAAUUACUGGGGUUCUGAUUAUUAUUAUUAUGACAAUAAUGAUUUCAUGUCUAAAUACAGUAUGAAUCGAGAUGAUGACAGAAUGUAACGUGAUAAUUAGUAAAGCAUAUUUCCUUAAAAAGACCUUAAUAUCUUAUUUUGUAAAGUUGAUCCACUUAAUAUUAGUUUCAAUUUACCAAAAUUAUAAAUUACAAAAACAAACAUCUAAUAUAAUUCUAAUGAUUAUAAAUAGUCAAUCACUUCAAUAGUAGGAUUAUAUUAUAGUUCAAAUGAAUACUUUGAAAAUAAAAAGUCUUUGAUUUCUAAAUCUUAUGAAAAUCAACUCAAAAUCACAGUUGAAUUUAUUAAUUAGAUCAAUAGGAUAUUAUUAUCCACAAAUUAUUAUAGAAAUAAAUAGAAUGAUUCUAUCCAAUAAUAUCUCUCAUAUUAUUUAAAUGGAACACUCAAUAACCUAUAAGUUUAAACAAGUGUUUCUUGUUUCUAUUCUAAAUUUGGUUAACCUCCUAAUUAAUUAUAACAAGAUUACCAAGCAAAUUCAUUAUCAAUUAACAUCAAUGAAUCAAAAUAAUAAUAACAUAGAAUUUUAUGUCAAAUAUCUUGUAAUAUUCUAUAAAGUAGAGUAGUUUUGAAUGGGAUGCCAAAUGAUUUACAAGAUUAAAAUUUACUUAAAGGUAAGCUUUAGAGUUUAUUACACCCUGAAGAUAAUCUUAUAAUUCAACCAUUAAUCUUAUAAAUUCCAAAAAAUUAAAUAUUAUAACCUGAUCCAUAAAAAUUAUUCAUCUAUGAUAAUUUGUUUCUUGAAAUAUUCAUUAAUCUAAUUCAAGAUACAAAUAAUUUCCCAUAAUUUCCUUUUAAUUUAUUUAGAUAGAUUUGCAAAUGUUCUCGACUUGGAUUCAAAUUAUUAAUUUAGCUACUAUUAUUAUUUUAGGAAUAAAAAAACAAUUUAGAUUUAACUUUAAAAAUCUUGUAUCUUGUAAGUCAAAAAAUCCCAUCUACUAUUCUUAGAGAUUUACUAUCUGAAUAAUUAUAGGUGAGCCCUAUCUUAAAUAAAAGAGAGAAAGCUAAUCUUGCUAAAGUCUAAGAAAUAAAGGAACAAUUUGUCAUUGAAGAAGAAGAAAAUUUAGAAGAAUAACCUCAAGAUGAGGAUCCUGAGAAUCCACUAGUCUUUUUAAUUAAUUAACUUAAUACAUAUUGUGAAAAAAAUAUUUCAUUUAUGAAACUAUUUCAUAAUCCAGAAUCUUAUAUACCUUUAGAAAAAAGUAUAUUUUUUAUUUGAUAUUUUAGAUAUACUUUUAACUCCAUUAUUAGCAAACUAAACUGGAAUGCAUUUGUCUUACUUGAUUUAAAUUAUCAGAGGUUCAUUAAUCAUUAAUAGUGAAGAUCCAAAGGAUAAGAAUAAAAAGUAUGAUGAAGAUUAUUUUUUAAAAUUUUAAAGAAGAUAAGCCAAUAUUUUUACUAAUAAUAAUAAAGAAGAAUCUAAUCAUAAAUUAUUUGAUCUCGUCUCUCAACUCAAUAAACAUGAAUAAGACAUGAAUUUUGAAGAAAUGAUCUUCAAAACAUUUGGAGAUAGAUAUUCAGAUAAUUAAUAGGAUUAAUGGGAACCAUUAUCUUAUUUUAAUAAAUAGCCAUUUUCAUUUAGAUAAAAUGAAAUAUAGUAAUAGUAAUAAUAAUAAUAAUAAUAGUAGUAAUAAUAAUAGUAAUAAUAAUAAUAAUAAUAGUAGUAAUAAUAAUAAUAAUAAUAAUAAUAAUAAUAAUAAUAAUAAUAAUAAUAAUAAUAAUAAUAAUAAUAAUAAUAAUAAUAAUAAUAAUAAUAAUCGUAAUAAUAAUAAUAGUAAUAAUAAUAAAGAUUUACUAUAUAAAAUUCAUCCGUCUUUUCAAUACCCUAACCUGCAUAACCUUUAUUAUUUCAAACACUUCCAAAACAUGCUCUUCCUCCAAUACCAUCUAUAUCAUUGCUUUAGUAACAGCAUCAAUCAUUAUAAUAAUACCAAUAAUAACGUCAAAAUAAUUAGUAAAAUUCCCAAUAAUAGCCAGUAUCUCAGCAUCAGCAAGUUAAUUAAUUUUAUGAUAAGUUUUUUAAAAUUAAUGAUAAUUAAUAAGAUUAAUUUUAAUCAUAUCAAUAAUACUUUAAACAAUUUUAUGAUAAUAUUGUCUAAUAAAGAUUACCAUAAUAAGGUCAAGAAUAAUAAGAAUAAUAAUAGAAUGAAAUUUAAUAAUAAUAAAUUAUUAAAGAAUAAUAAUAAUAAUAAUAAUAAUAAUAAUAAUAAUAAUAAUAAUAAUAAUAAUAUCAAUUCUAAAAUGUACCUGAAGAGUUUGAUGAAUCAGAUUAAAAAUAACAAAAAAGAGAGAGAAAGGUAAGUGCAAAGAUAUCACAUGUAGAAAUAGAUAUAAUUACAGCAUUAUGUAAAAUUCUUAACAAUCAUCUACUUAGAGAUUGCAAUUCUACUGAAAUUAUUAAUAUACUCAAUACAUAUGCAAAUGAUAGAUUAAAAAUAGAACAUGCUAUAAAUGAAUUGACAAAAUACAUAAUAUAACAAUCUAAGAUAUUUAAUUUCGAAUUAGAUAGAAAAAGAAAAUAAAUUAGAGAAAUCACAAGUUAACUUGAAAAGGUAUCUGAGUAUGAUCCAGAAAGAUAAUAAUAAUUGUCACAAUAAGAAAAUGAAAUUAUCAAAGAACUAAAUUAAAAAACUCCCGACCCCAGUAUCAUUUAAAGAUGUUUUAUUGCAAUAACAGGAUUUUUGAAUCUUAAUUUUAGUAUAUCAGAUUAACAAAAAUAAUCUACUAAUAAACCAAGUUCAACAUAAACUAGAUAAUAAAUUUAAUUAGAUAAAAAGAAAUUUAAAUUAAAUUAGCAAGGGAAGUAAAUAGAUGAUACACAAGAAAUUGAUAUGUUAACUAAAAAAGAUAUUCGAAAAUAAUUCAUUAAUGUAUUAUAAACAAGAUAAACUCAUCAUUUAUGGCUUAAUGUUGUAGAAACAUUAUUAUUAAUUUUCAAUUGUAAAGGUCAUAAAUCAAUAGAGUUAUUAUAAAAAAAACUAUAUCCACUUUUAGAAUGUUUUCUAAGGCUUUAUUCAAAUGUACAUGAGGAUAUAAAUACUUCAGAUACCAUUUUAUAAGGUGCUGCUGAUCCAAACUUUUUUGAGCGUAAUACAAGUGGAUCUGCAACUAAUUCAUUAUAAUUUGGCUUAUUACAAACCUAGAAUAUUCAUUUGAAACGAUCAUUUUCCGCAGUUCGAAAUGAAAAUGAAAUGUAAAUGAAAAUAGAUGAGUUAUUCACUUAUCUUUGUAUUAAUGGUAAAAGUCUAAUAAAUCAUUUGAUAUCAUAAAGGCUUCAUUAGGUUACCAUAGAACAGAAAUAGAGCUAGAAUUCAAAUGUCAUUAAAUUAUUCAAAGAUACUGAUCCUUUGGCUUUUGUUUUCUUUAAAAUGAGCUAAAUAAUUUCUUUUGAGAAUAAAAAACACUUAUUUGAAUUAGAUUUAGAGACUAUCAAAAUAAGUGAAAGACCUAAUGCUCGAUCAAAAGGCAGAUAAAAUGACACUAUUGAAAUUAAUGUUGUUAGAGAAACAAGACUAUAAUAAUCUUUGGAAAAAGUUAUUAAUAUUGAUAAGACAAAGUUUAGAAAAUGUGAUAUAAAAAUUAGAUAUUAAGGAGAAAGAGGUUAAGAUGAAGGAGGUAUUAGAAAAGAGUGGAUGACUAAUCUUGUUAAGGAUAUCUUAUAAACAGAUAAAUUUGAAUUAACACCUAAAAGAUUUUACAAAAUUAAUCCAAAUAAAAAAGCUUAAGAAGACUUGAAUCAUUUUAAGCUAUUAGGUAAAAUAAUAGGUAAAAGUAUGUAUGAUGGAUUACUUUUACCAGUGUAUUUUAUUUCUCCUAUUUUUAAGCAAAUACUAUAGAAAAAGCCUAGCUUUGAUGAUCUUGAACAUUAUAAUGAAGGAUAUUAUGAUACUUUUAUUAAAUUUUUAAAUGAUGACACAUAAGUUUAAUAUAAAGAUUUAUUUGAAUUUUGGAUUCCAGAAGAGUAUGCAAAUCUAAUUGAAUAAAAUAAAAAGUUAAUCUUUGCUGAUCUACUUUAGGAUUAUAUAGAAAAGAAUCCUAUUGAGCUUAAAUAAGAAUCUGAACAAUAAUAAUAAUAAAAUUAGGAAUAAGAUUAAAUAAAAUAAUAAUAAUAAGAACAAGAAUAAUAAUAAGAACAAGAAUAAUAAUAAUAAUAAUAAUAAUAAUAAUAAUAAUAAUAAUAAUAAUAAUAAUAAUAAUAAUAAUAAUAAUAAUAAUAAAAACAAGAAUUAUAAUAAUAAGAACAAGAGUAAUAAUAAUAAUAAGAAUAAUAGUAAUAAUAAGAACAAGAAUAAUAGGAAUAAUACUAAAAAUCAACAUUUUUAGGUUUAGAAUAAUAAGAAUAUGAAUAAGAAAGAUUAUUUUAAUACUAAAAAUAUUUUUAAUUUGAAGAAGAAUUAAAGAAAGAAUAAUUAUUAACUUAAUAAUAAAAAUAGUAAUUAUUAGAUUAAUAUUUAAUUCCUGAAACAGAAAAACUACAAUUAAUUGCCCAGAAUACAUUAUAAUAAAAAUAAGAGGAAUUAUAGCAAUAAGAAGCAUAAUUAUUAGAGCUCAAUUUCGAAUAAUUUGAAUAAUAAUAGUUAUUAUUAUAUCUAUAAUUACAGUAAGAGCAAUAACUUUAAUCCUAACAACUUAUUGAAGAAGAAUAGGUAAGAAUUGAAUAACAAUAAAAAUAAUUGCAAUAAGAAAAUUAAGUAGAAUCAGAAAUUAUAGUACCACUCUUAAAAGUAUAGUCAGAUGUAAAAUAGAAAACUUAAAAAUUAGAAUUUAAAAUAUAGAAAUAAACUGAAGAUAUUACAGCUGAAGAUAUGGAAAAUAGAGAGAAGAAAAGACUUAUCAGAAAGAAUAAAAAAAAAUAGUUGAAUGAUGAAGUUUUAAAAUAUAUUAAAUUGUAAGACGUUUUUGAAAAAUAAACUUCUCUUGUAUCAAUAAAACAUAAAAGAUUAAUAUGUGAAUAUAUUAGCAAAAAGAUUAUGUUAGAGGAGAUCAAAACUUAAAUUUAAGCAUUGAGAGAUGGAUUUUUUGAUAUAUUACCAAAAGAGUUAUUCUCUUACAUGGAUUGGAGAGAUCUUUAAAAACUAAUUAUUGGAGUUCCUUCAGUAGAUGGUAAAUUAUUUUCAUAUUCAUUUUAGUUGAUGAUCUAUAAGCUAAUACUGAAUAUAUAAAUUAUGAUAAUAAUAACUAAACAGUCUUAUGGUUUUGGGAAGUUUUAACUACCUUAAGUGACUCAGAAAAGGCUGAUUUCUUAAUGUUUGCAACAGGAAGUCCUUUAGUUCCAUUUGGAGGAUUUAAGAAUUUAAGAGGUCCAAAUGGUCCAAGAAAGUUCUCUAUUUCAAAAGAUUUCAAUAAAGAACAUUUUAUAAAAGCUCAUGCAUGGUAUCAAUCUUAUAUAUAUUUAGCUUUAAUCGUAUUGAUUUGCCAGAAUAUCCUUCUAAAGAAAUAUUAAGAGAAAAAUUGCUAAAAUCCUUAAAAGACUCUGGUUCUGGAUUUGAUUUAAGUUGA